AUGGUUAAAGUCAGUAACGGUUCCUGGUCUUCCUCCCUAGAUGUGAAGCCUGAUGGUAUAGAAGACACGUAUCUACUGUGUCCGGCACCGGUCAUAGACGAAGUUGGGAAGGUGGUUUACCUGCAGGUCAGCAUGAACGAGGGUCUGUCGUUCAUCACCAGCUCAGUACACAUCACCACCACCGAAUGUGUCAUAAGGGAGCCUCCUCCUCCUCCACCACCAGAGCCAGAGUCUGAUGAUGAAGACGGCAUGCCCAAGAAGAAAUGGCCUACUGUGGACGCGUCAUACUACGGAGGACGAGGAGUCGGAGGGAUAAAACGAAUGGAGGUGCGCUGGGGCGGGAAAGGCUCGACUGAAGAAGGAGCCAAGCUGGAGAAACCCAAAAACGCAGUGGUGAAAAUGCCUGAGCAGGAGUUCGAGCCGUUUGAGCCCAAGCCCAAAAAACACGGGAGCAAGAGAACCGCCCAGGACAGGAAGUGGUAUUCUCCAAUCAGGGGUAAACUGGACGCGAUCUGGGCUCUGUUUCGUCGUGGUUAUGACCAGGUUUCGCUGAUGAGACCACAACCAGGAGAUCAUGCUGCAGUUAAAGUCCUGCGUUAUGGGCAGAAACGUUCGGCAGCCUGGUUUAACUGGAAUUCCGAGACUGUAAUGGAUCUUGUUUUAGAGUUAGGAACAAAAGAAGGUCCGGGCCAGGAGAUCUGA